AUGACGUCGUACCAGUUGUGCAGUGUAUUGUUGUUUGGUGCGUAGCAGAGCGCAAUCAAAAUAAAGAAAGCAUCCAAGUGCCCCGCCUGCUGGCGUUUCGGAACAAAGCAAAACCCAUACCAUCCAUACAUUCCAUCUCGUGCUCGAUCGCCCUGCGUGCCCCAGCUAUUACCGAAGCGUGUGAAAAUCGGCCAUCAAGAUGGGGAAAGUGUUCCUCGAGCAUAUUAACGGCCAAAAGCUGUACAACUGUGCUGCGUGCGAGACGAAUCUCACCAACAAACGGGAGCUGAUUAGCACCCGCUUCACUGGAGCCACUGGCCGUGCCUAUCUGUUCAAGCGGGUGGUCAACCUGACGUACUCCCAGGUGCAGGAUCGCAUCAUGCUGACCGGACGCCACAUGGUGCGGGACGUGAUGUGCAAGAACUGCAAGGCCAAGCUCGGCUGGAUGUACGAGUUUGCGACGGAGGAGACACAAAAGUACAAGGAAGGCCGUGUCAUUCUCGAGCACGCACUGAUAGCCGAAUCGGAAGGCUUCCCCGAUGCAUGAUAACCAUUCGCCCGCCCAGAUCCGGAGUCGCACCACUCUCACACUCUCCUUCUCCGCGUACGCAUAUGAGGCGACCCAGCCCGAACUGAAAAUGUAGCUUUUUAAUAUAAACUAACCCUUACAAACCCGUA